AAGUCAAUAAAACGGCGUUGUCAAACAAUUAAUUUAUCAAAAUUACCCCAAUAAUCGUAAGGAGAACACGCUGAGUUCUAUUUACUUAGUGUUUAAUACUUUACUGUUUUAGCCGACGAAAGAAGUUAUUUGACGGAAUAAUAUUGAGCUUCAUUCCAUAAUGCGGCUAUAUAUAACGGUAUUUUGUUAUUUUAUAUUAACCGUCUCUACGAACUUAGUUUCUGCGGCUGGUUCAGUGGAAUUAAAUGAAUAUACUUUUGAUAAAAUCGUCAGUAAGUUCGGCGCGGCUUUAGUUAAAUUUGAUGUGGCAUUUCCUUUUGGUGAUAAACAUGAUGCCUUCGUGGCACUGGCCAAGGAAGCGAAAGACAUAGACGAAUUAUUAUUUGCCGACGUUGGAAUAAAAGAUUACGGCGAAAGGGAGAACGAACAGCUAGGGCGAAAGUACGGAGCCACGAAGGACAAUAUACCAGUGGUCAAACUCUUUUUGAAAGGAAAGAGUGAACCAAUUCAUUUUGACGAUACCAAAGGUUUCACUAGUGAUGACUUGCGACGGUUCGUACGCGAGAACAGCGGAAUAUAUUUGAGCCUCCCUGGCUGUAUUAGAGAUCUUGAUGUUCUAGCAAUUAAGUUCCAGGGUUCAGCUAAAGAGGAUAGGGAGAAAAUAUUAAAAGAAACUGAGAAUAUUGUGGAAAAAUUAGACACUAAGGAUGCAGCUGCAGGAAAAACUUACAGAACAAUAAUGCAGAAAAUUCUAGAAAAGGGUGAUGAAUUUAUUGCCACUGAAAUAAAUAGAAUUAAUAAAUUAUUGAGUGGGAAAGUAUCAAAUGAGAAGAAGAAAGAGUUGGCCUCGAGAAUCAACAUUCUUCAGUCGUUUAAAUUUUCAUCUAGCAACAAAAAAGAGGAACUAUAAAUAAUUUAUUUCACUGUUUUUUUAAAAACUAGGUACCUACAUUAUUUGAAUUAUGACUGUUUCCACAGUGUUUAUUCCAAUGAACUUAAAAACUACAUUUUUCAUAAGGCUUUCAUGUCAGUUAAUUUAGGACUCUCCAUUUUUUAUUUCCAAUUUAAUUAGAGUACUUGUGCAAAUAAGUGCUUAAAAGAAUUAUUACAGGUGCCUGUUUUUAUUUGAUUUAAACAAUUUAAUUACCAGUAAUAAAAUGAUGUAUUAGUAAUAAAAUUUUUAACCAAAGUACUUAAAUAUGUGACUAUUUUUAGCAAUUAUUGAAAAUUUUCUGUAAUCAUUAUCUUACAAUACCUUCAAACAAAAUAGAUUUUUAUUUCAGUAGUAUUCAAUUUAAUUUAAUUAAAAUAGCAUUCCAUUUAUUUUCCUUUUCUCAGGACAUUCCAAUUAGGAUAAUCUAAUAUUAAGUCUGAAUUUAUAACAAAGCAAUAAUAUUUCUUGUUUGUAUAUGUAUUUAAUUGUUCACAAAAUUUGAGUAAUAGUCAUAAUAAAUAUAUGAAAUAUUAA